UUCGCAGUUCGCAGUUCGCAGUUCGCAGUUCGCAGGCAGCUAUCAGGCCGAAAUUUCGAGAACAGAAGCAAGUCGCAUCUAAUCAACAUUCCAGCCCGCCAACUUGACUCACCUAUAUACUACCUAACUCUUCACCUACGAUAUUAGGGAGUUAAUUUUCUUUCCUUUCUUUCGCUUGGCCAUACAUUAACUACCAGUGAAACCUCUCUUCUCAUUCGCUUGGGACUCAACCGACUGGCUGACCCCUCAGUUGAAUUCUUUAACAAACCAAACCAACCAUGGCGACAACAACAAAACAACGCCUGGCCCUCGCCAUCUGCGACUUCCUAUCUACCUCCCUAACCGACGGCACCCUCUCAGCCGAGGACAAAGACAGCAUCGACGUCGCCAUCAACUGCAUCGGCGAAUCCUUCAAAGUCGACCCCACCGACCCCGCCGCCGUCUCCGCCGCCACCGGCACCCAGAACCUUCUACAGAUCUACGGCGUCUACGAGAAGCUCAAGUCCACCACCACCGCCUCAGCCGCCAAACCCGCCUCAAAUACCGCCGGUACCUCCGAGAAGGCAAAGGAACCUACCGAUGACGAGAAGGCUCGCGCCGAGGACCUCAAGGCCCGCGGCAACCGCGCCAUGGCGUCCAAGGACUACCCCGCCGCCAUCGACCUGUACACCCAGGCCCUAGCCCUACACCCCCGCAACGCAAUCUACCUAUCCAACCGUGCCGCCGCCUACAGCGCCGCGCGCGACCACGCCAGCGCCCGCGCUGACGCCGAACAAGCCGUCAGCAUCGACCCCAAGUACACGAAAGCCUGGUCGCGACUCGGCCUAGCCCGGUUCGCUCUCGGCGACGCAAAGGGUUCCAUGGAAGCGUACCGACAAGGAAUCGAGCACGAAGGCAACGGCGGCAGCGAGGCCAUGAAGAAAGGUUUCGAGACGGCAAAGAGACGCGUCGACGAGCUGGAAGGCGAAACCGCAGACGCAGCACCGACAGCACGUGGUGGUGGUGGCGGCGGUGGUGGCCCCGACCUAGCCAGCCUAGCGAGCCUCUUCGGCGGCGGCGGCGGCGGUGGAAACCGCGACGGAGCUAGCGGUGGUGGUGGAGGUGGUCUCCCUGAUCUCAGCAGCAUCAUGAGCAACCCCAUGUUUGCGAGCAUGGCGCAGAACCUGAUGUCGAACCCGGACAUGAUGCAGAACCUAAUGAGCAACCCGCGUCUGCGCGAGAUGGCCGACCGUUUCUCCAGCGGCGGCGGUAUGCCUGACCUAGGUUCUCUGAUGAACGACCCUAACAUCGCCGACAUGGCGAGGAAUAUGAUGGGCGGCGGCGGCGGUGGUGCCGAUGAUGGGAGCAACCCCGGUGCCGGGCGCGGCGCAGGCCGAUGAUCGACUUUGCUUGGAGAUAGAUCCUGUCUCAUUCAUCUUCAGCGGAGUUGUAUAGGGGUUUCCAGGCAAGAUGAUGCGAAGAGCGUAGCGUAGCGCUGUGAGAGAGAAAAAAUCGGAACAAAGUUGGUUGGACGGGGGGAAUAUGAAACUAUAACCAGUCACGGUUCUUACAUUUGUCUGUUUUACCCUUUUGGUCUUUUGGUGAAUGAACGGAUGAGGGUGAUGGAUGGCCGGGUUUAAGCUACGUAGACCACGAGUAGACUUUGCUUAUAACAGAUGAGCACUCACGGUAAUAAUAGAAGGCGAAAAAUGGCAAUAUAAGGGUUUACUAUUUAUAAU